AUGGAAGAUGCAGCUUCGCCAAGUGUUCCUGGCCAGCGUGCCCGACAAGCAGUUCCGAGCUCUCAUUAUUUAAUAACCUACCACAUCCCAGAACGGUCCUUCAGCGACUUCACUUUCCAGGCAUCGACAUCUGGACGGCGUCCUGGAGAUCAAGGAGAUCCCCCUUUUUUCGAGUCAUGGUCCUUGAAAGGAGUUCUACAUACUUUCCGAAAUCCCUUGGCGCAUUUUCUCCUGCGGACGCCUCGCUGGCUGCCGAACCUGAAGACGUUUGGUGCGUCGGAAUGUGAUAUACCAGAAAUAUAUCCAGGAGUCUUCGACCACCAGGUCUCCUUGAGGAACGUGUACUUGCAGGAGAACCGCUUGACCACAAUCCCCAGCGGUGCCUUCAGGACCACGGGGAACACGAUCUUCCACAUCGUGCUGGAUGACAACCUUAUCGUAGAGGUAGCUGAAGGCGCCUUCCCAGACAUGAAAGAGCACACGUCCAUUUACUUGUAUAACAAUCGGAUACGUCUUUUGGAUGAAGCCGUUUGGCGCCCCCUCUUGGAGAAUGACGUCACAGUUUGGCUCUCUGGUAACCCCUUGACCUGUGGAUGCGACGCGGCGUGGGCGGUGCUCAACUCUAGCCUCCUGCAACAGCUCCCCAACGCCCAUUGCGAGAGCGGGGUUGACCUGGCCGAGCUAGAUCCGGGAAUCUUUGAAUCCUGUUGACCUGUAGGACUCUCAGAGGAACCAUUUAAUCCUCGGGAAAUGUUUAGAGAGGCGGAAAGAUAAGUCAUGGAGGCAGAUAUAAAUAAAGUAUAUGGAACACAAAAUA